AUGCGUCUACUCAAUGUCCACACGCGUCAAGUGAAAGACUUCACUGCCACCAAAAUCCCCAGGUAUGCGAUUUUAUCUCAUACUUGGGGUCGAGACGAGGUACUUUUCCAAGAUCUCACCAAUUCUGAACAUAAAAAGAAGAAUGGGUACGCGAAAAUCGAAGGUUGUUGCCGACAGGCAAUCAUUGACGGCUUUGACUUCGUUUGGAUAGAUACUUGCUGUAUUGACAAGAGCAGCAGUGCCGAACUGUCUGAAUCCAUCAACUCUAUGUAUGCUUGGUAUGAGAAGGCUGCUGUAUGUUAUAUUUACCUGAUAGAUGUUCCGUCUGCCCAGGAUCCAUACAGAAUUGAUUCGGCGUUUCGAAAGAGUCGUUGGUUUACUCGAGGCUGGACAUUACAAGAAUUGCUUGCACCUAGCAAGAUUGUUUUCUUUGACCAGGAAUGGGAUAUGAUUUUCAAUGAUUCAGUAAUGGCCGAACACGAAGACAGAAAGUCACGGAGGGCUGAUCUUCCAAGACAACGCAUGGUUCUACUUGAAGAAAUCACAGGGAUUGGGACCAAGUACUUUGAAAUUGAGUUUGGCGAAGCUAGCGCCCAAAUCGCCAGUGGUUGUAAAUUCUCGUGGGCUGCCAUGCGAGAAACAACUCGACCAGAAGACGCUGCCUACUGUCUACUAGGUCUUUUACAAGUCAACAUGCCGUUAUUGUAUGGAGAAGGAAGUAAAGCAUUUCAACGCCUGCAAGAGGAAGUCUUCAAAAAGAACCAGGAUCUCAGUAUCCUUGCAUGGGGAUUUGAUAUGACUUGGCGAGAAACUUCCUUACGAACAAACAUGGGUUUACGCUCUUAUGGUAUUUUGGCGCCGUCAUCUUAUUAUUUCAAGAAGUUUCCUGUUUCUCUCUCGAAAUUCACCAAUCACUUAAAAUUAGCUACUCAUUCUAUGAUGACCAAUCUGGGAUUGAACAUAAACUUGCCUCUGAUGUGUAUCAAUUCUUCGUUAGGUAUUUAUCUUGCUUUUAUCAGUGGAUGGGCAAUUGCGAGGCUUGGGAACAAGCAUGAAGCAUUCGUCUUACCUUUACUAAAACGAGAAGAUCAACUUUUCGAACGCCUUCCUGGAAGUCCGCCCGUCAUCUCCGUCACUUUAACCAAAGGGUCAAAUCGAAGAAUCAAAUGGAAAUCAAUAUAUCUCAUUGAACCGAAAAGCUCACCCUUGACUUGGAAGCCCCGGAAAGUCAACUCGAUCAAUGACCUAGAUUUUUUAUUCUUUCAUUCGAGUCAAUACACCAAUGAACAUUCAGGCUUUCAAUUAUACCAUAAUCAGAUGAGCACAGCCGGCUUUUCAGUAAGAAGUGUAUUCCCGCCUGGGUUCAAUGACUCAGCAUCACAUCUCACAUGGGAAUCGCUAUCUAGGAAUUUUGAAAUAAUUCUAGUGCUCUCUAGAAACAAUACAGAUUGCUGCGUCAUUUACGUGAGGGGACGAACCACAAGUAGAGAUCGUAUCAGAAUAAGCAAAAUGUCAAUUUCACGGUGUCGGCCCUCGCUUUCUGCAUGGCAAUGGCCUCAUAACCUCGCGAUGACGGUAGGAUCAACAGAUCUGAAGUGGGGAUCUACCGUGAGCUUUGAUUCUGAUCCCGAAAGGAAAAUUGAGUAUGCUUCGCUGGAGUUGAAUACUGGAGUGGCUAGUUGGCAUGGAAAUUUUGUAGGGAUUGUCAUAAAUCAUCAUACUGGAGCAGAUCGACAAAAGAUUGGAAUAGCUCUUUGA